AUGGCGAUAUCUAGUUGGCAGUUUGCCCAGAUUAUGGUAGUUGUGGCUACAUAUGGUCUGGUUCAUCAUGGGCCAACAUCGGGUUUCUUCGCUCGUGCUGGCUAUUUCGGAACCUUUCCCAUUCUUUAUUCUGCUGCCCUGUUUAUUUUGAUAAUUCACUCAAGAAUUUUGACACCUCUCUGGCUCAGUCCUCUUACGAAGCUGCCCCAACCAAAAGGCGGAAGCUGGUGGAAUGGUCACUUCAAGAAGAUUUUCUAUGCGGGAACCGGCGAGGUUGAGAGAAAAUGGAUUCACGAGAUUCCUAAUGAUGGCAUCAUUUAUUACCGCAGUCUGUUGAACACCACGCGAAUUAUUCUCACGGCACCCAAGACCAUUCAGGAGGUUGCAACCCGAGUUGACGAAUUUAAAAAACCGGUACUGGCAAGGGCCGUUGCUGGAAAGAUUCUGGGAGAAGGCCUUGUUUUGUCUGAGCUUGACAAGCACAGACAGCAGCGACGUGUUUUCAUGCCCAUCUUCGCUCCAAAACACAUUCGCGAAAUGUACCCCAUUUUCUGGGGUAAGACCUGCGAAGUUACCCAAAAGCUCACCGAGCUUGUGGCCGAACAGUCGAAGCAAUCUCACACCGACCACGCAGUCUUUGAAGUUGGACACUGGGCAUCUCGCGCCGCUCUUGACAUUAUUGGUAUGGCAACAAUUGGUGAAGAUUUCGGUUCGGUUGAAAAGGAGGAUGCACCCCUGGCAUCAGCAUACAGAAAGACCAUCGAGCCAACACGUGGCCAUGUCGCCCUUGCAAUGCUGAAAAUUUGGUUCCCCGAGUGGCUCAUCAACAUGCUGCCUAAUCAAAUCAACCGCACCCUCGACGAGUCGGUACCUGUAUUCCGGAAUCUGUGCCGAGACCUCCUUCGGGAAAGACGCCAGAUGGCUGCCGAGAAGGUGAACGGAGGCAAGGAUCUCCUGAGCCUGUGCUUCAAAUACGAGGACGUCGCAGCCGCAGACGAGGAGGGUGUCAUUGACCAAAUGACCACUUUCCUAGCAGCCGGUCACGAAACCAUUUCAGUCGGUGUUACCUGGACCCUUUACAUGCUUUGCCUUCAUCCAGAAUGGCAAACCAUCCUCCGCGAGGAGGCCCGCGCCAAUUUGCCCGAUCCGAACGCCAACUAUGCCCCCGACGAGGAAAAGCAGACGCCCAGCGCGACCAGUGCAGAUGUCGAGCAAAUGCCCAUGAUGCAAGCCUUUGUUAACGAGGUCUUGCGCUGGUACCCUCCCAUCCCGCAGACCAUGCGUGAGGCUCUGGAAGAUACUGUGAUCGACGGCCAGAUUGUUCCAAAGGGUACACUUAUUGUUAUUCCCUUCAAGGGUCUCCACCGUGAUUCUCGUUUCUGGGGCCCUGAUGCCAACCAGUUCAACCCCCGACGAUGGAUCAAUGCCGACGGCACUGUCAGCUUGAACGGAGGGUGUCUGAACAAGUACGUCAACCUGUCUUUCAUGCAGGGCCAGCGUAGCUGUAUUGCGCAGGGCUUCUCCAAGGCUGAGAUGGCGUGCCUUAUUGGUGCUUGGGUUGGUCGCUUCAAGUUUGAGCUUGUUGAUACCACCCUUUUGGAUGAGGAUAAAAUGCCUAUCACCAUUGGCAGCUUGUCGUCGAAGCCAGUCAACGGCUUAGAUGUCAAGUGGUCAAUUGUAGAGGGGUGGAGGGACUAA